GAUCACGAUGGGAGUCCAACUUAACCAGUCUGAUCCCGCAGCUCGUUCGGGCUGCAUGAGUAAGCUGAACAAGGAUCUUCUAAAUAGCGAGGCCAAGAAUCGAUUGAUUGCCAGCAUAUGCAGGUAUCGCGGAAGCCCGUAGCAAUAGAUAAGCGGCUGCGUCGCCGCCAGCGUCUUCUACUAGUUUCUGCAACGCUUCCCCCGCUUUGGGCCAUGUCGCUGCAUUCAAUCGUCUGUGAUCGAUCGCUCUCGAAUCCAAAUCAAGUCAACACUUUGCUAUCGUCACGAGCCUUACCGGGGGCUCAUUGAAUCAUGAUCUCAAAAUAUGCCGAUGGCGAUGUGGUUGAGAGGCAUGUUGACUUGCAGCUACCUCUAGACGAGAAGUCAACCCAGCAAAAUGCAUUCUACCUCUCCGAACUGGACUCCGAAGAACUAAAACUGUUAGAGAAGCGAGUUCGAUGGAAGACGGACUUGCGCCUUUGUAGCAUUGCUGGUGUUCUCUGCAGUCUUAACCUACUUGAUUCGGGCAUCCUAUCGUCUGCAUCCGUCACCAGUAUGCCCACCGAUUUGGACCUUCAUGGCACACGAUACUCUGUCUCGAUCUUUAUCUUCACAAUUACUAGCAUCGUCUGCCAACUACCCUCUACUCUCGCAGUUCGUUGGGUCGGUCCUCGGGUUUGGUUCGCCGCCAUUACAUUUGCCUUUGGCCUCAUUACGUUAUGCACCGCCUUUAUCCAUACCUGGCGACAGAUGAUUGCGCUGCGGGUGUUGCUGGGAAUGUCCAUGUCGGGAAUUUACCCGGGUCUGACCUAUCUUAUUAGUGCCUGGUACCCGCGGCGGGAACAACAGCUACGCUUCGCUGUCCUUCAGUCGGGCGAGGUGAUUGGGCUGGCGACGGGGUAUAUUGUGAACUAUGGCCUGAACUUGCUCGAUGGGAAAGCAGGCAUGCAAGGAUGGCGUUGGAUGUACCUUAUUCAGGGCUUGAUAAGUUGCGUGAUCGGAAUUACAACUUUCUGGUGGAUGGUCGACUUUCCAGAGGACGCUGACCGUAGCUUUCACUUCCUGACCAGAGCAGAGGCACGCGUGGCUGCACAGCGCAUCAGAAAUGACCGUGACGAUAUAACGUUGGAAGCUUUCUCGUGGAGCAAAGCUCUGGCGUCUUUCACCGACCUGAAGUUAUAUGGGUUUGCCUGCCUCUACUUCUUGUUGAAUCUCGUCUCUACAGCCUUGAACUACUUUCUGCCUAUUAUCCUCGAGUCGGGGAUGGGCUUCUCAAGCAAUGAUUCCAUUCUUCUCUCAACACCGCCCUACUAUUGGUCCGUCCUACCCGUCGUGUUUACCUCGUUCGUGGGAGAUACCUAUCGUAUCCGUGGACCGCUCAUCGCCUUCAACGCACUCUGUCUGAUAGCUGGAUUUCUCAUGUUUGGUCUACCAUCCUCGACGCAGGUCACUGUUCGAUAUAUCGGGACAUUCCUUGCUACCGGGGCAUAUGUCUCAAACUGGGCAGCGUUGAACGCCUUCAUGGCCAACAACGUCGUGGGCCAGUGGAACCGCGCCACCACGGCAGCAGCAGUAUCGGCGUGCAACGGUCUGGGUGGUGUAGCUGGAAGCUAUAUUGUGAGAAAUGUAGAAGCUCCUCGUUAUCAAACUGCCGUUUGGGUGUCCGUUGGUUCUCAUGCCCUUAUGAUUGUCCUGGUUGGCGUCUUUACCCUCUCGUUCUACUGGCUGAAUCAACAACAGAAGAGAGGGAAGGUUCUUCAAAAUAUGGUCGGCUUUCGAUACACUUAUUAGUAUAUAGAGCUCAUAAG